ACAGGCAGUGACUUGCGUGGCCGCAGUUCGUGUGUACGUACGUUAAUAAAAAAACGUACAUGGACACACACAAAUACACGUGUGCGUCAAAAAGUACACAUGACAUGACUACAUCCAAUACUUGUGUGUGCGUCUCUCUCCAAAGUGUACAUGUGCGUGUGUGUACGUAUUAGUGAAGACCUCAUGUACGUUAUCAAGAGUGUACGUACAUAAGUGUCUCCCCUCGUCGGCCCCUGCCCCCCACCACCACCAUCACCACCACGCCUGCCCACUCUCCUCCCAUAAACCACGCCCCCUCCACGCCUCCCCUCCCCCUCUGUAGCUCAGGAGGGGAAGAGACAGGAGGGAAUGGGAGGAGAGAGGAGGGGAGAGGAGGAGGUGGUGAGAUAAGUGCUUCCAUAAGUGAGAUGCAUUCCAUCUCCUGUCAUGUGCUCCAGACCAAUCCCUUACCCACACACCUAUCCCUUCCACCCACACACCCAUCCCUCCCACCCACACACCCAUUCCUCCCACCCACACACCUGUUCUUGCAAGCCUGGAUGACAUGGCCUGGAUGACACCACCUGAGUGACACCACCUCUAUGAUCCAAGAUGAUGACGUCACGACGCUGAGCAUCCCAGGUGAGGCAGGCGAGGCAGGUGUGUGGCGCUGUAAUAGUUGGACUGAUUGGUGCGAGAAGAGAGAGGAGGAAAAAAGGGACGUAAAUAAGAGGAGGUGAUCAGAAACACAAAGCGGCAUGCGAGAUCAGCCUGAGGUGCGUCAGGAGGGGCAGGAGGCGGCCGCCCUAGUGAGCCGCUUCAACCAGCUUCAGGAGGAGCGAGUCUUGACCUAUCGCCGCUUGGAGGAUGGCCACAAGGUGUAUCUUGCCUCAGGGCCACAGUACGACUUCCCAACCUACCGUCAGUGUGUGCAUGAGGCGACCCAGGCCUUCAGUAGGGUGUCUGACGGGGUGCUGGAGGUGGAGGCUGAGCUGCGCAAGGCCAACCACACUGCCCUGGCCAACAUCAUUGAGGCCAUCCAGGAGUGUGAGAGGAGAAAGCUGGAGCUGACGGUUCACCAGCAGCUGGCCAGGCAGAUGGUGGAGGAGGUGGGGAGUGGAGAGCUGGAGCAGAGCAAAGUGAGGGAGCUGAGAGGACAGUUGGGGAAAGUGGUGGAGGACAUCAACGACCUCCUCACUGAACUGCGCUAUGAGGCAUGGGGGGAUGGGGAGGGGGCUUAG